GGGGGCGGGCGGAGAACCCCUUGCGACCAAUGAGCGCGGCGGGGAGGCGGGGCGGCGCCGCCGGUACCGUUGGGCGCAGAGGCGGCGGCGGGCGGCGGCGCCGCCAUUAUGAGUUACUCAGGCUAUGGAGACUGGAACUCUGGGACAAACAGAGGGUACGAGAACUACAAUUAUGGCUACGGCUACGGGCAGGACAACUCAGGCAACUAUGGCUAUGGCAUGGCUGCCUCCAACUCGUGGGACAUGGGCAACUCGGACAUGGACAUGAACCCGGAUGGUGCCGGCAGUGCCGACACUGUCAUUGCCAAAAUGAACCAGCGCCUGGACAUGGUGUCCCACCUGGAUGCUGACAGCAUGCAGGGGGGGCACUACGGCUCCGGCGGGGACCGGAAUGCAACCUGCUUUAAACACUUAGGUGCUUUAACAAUUCAAGAAGAGAUCAGUCAAAUCAAACGCAAAUUACAGGCGGGCAAGAAAACUCAAGAGAGGCAGAAGAAGAGGCACCGGGAUCGCAUGGUGGAAAGUCCCCCCACGCAGGCCAUGAUGGAGCAGUCCAAGAAAUCCUCGCUGGUCGUGGCCAGGAGCAUUCUGAACAACAAGCUGAUCAGCAAGAAGCUGGAGCGCUACCUGAAGGGUGAGAAUCCUUUCACGGAUGACCCCGAGGAAAAAGAGGAGCACGAGGAGGGAGAAGGGGGAGCGGCUGGGAACGCGGAGGAAGGGACGGCGGAAGGAGCAGAGGAAAACAAGGACGAGGAGGAGAAUCUGGAGGAAGAGAAUCUGGACGAUGAGAACAAGGAGGAAAACGCGGGCGGCGAGAACAAGGAGGAAGAGAAUUUAGAGGACGGGAACAAAGAGGAAGAAAUUUUAGGUGAUGAAAACAAAGAGGAGGAAAAUCAGGAGGAUGAAAGCAACGCUCCCAAGGAGAACCCAGAAGGAGGCGAAAAAGAGGAGGGGGGAGAAAAGGGGACGGAGAUAGAAACUGAGGCCCAGGCAGAAGCACAAGAGGUGGAGCCGGGUGCAGGGAGCAGGGAGGAGGAGGAGGAGGAGGAGGAGGAGGAAGGCUGGCAGCCCGCAGGGGAAUCGCGACCCGAGGAAGAAGAGCGGCAGCAAGCAGGAGGCGAAGAGGAGGAGGAGGAGGAGGAAGAGAGUGAGGAAGCCGCUGCUGCUCCCGAGGACGAGGACGCGGCGUAAAUGAAGGCUGGAAGGGAAAGGUGACGCCUGAAAGAACUGGGAUCUUUUUCUUUUUUUUUUUUUUUAAAAAAAAAAAACAACGUUGAAAAGCAGCGUUAACUGUAUCUGUGAAUUUCAUAGCACAUGUUGAGUUCCCGUUCCACUAAACCCACGUAAGGCAGUGGAAGCCUUUACCUGUAAAGUGAUUGGGGGAAAUAGAUUCUUAUUUUAUUUG